UAUGUAGUUGUAUCGUUAAAAACUUUAAUGUCAACCUCUUUUCAGUAAACUUAUUAAAUAAUUCAGUAGGGGCACAGGUCGUGGUAUAAUGGAGUAUUAUAGAUUCCAAGUCACAUUGUUCAUGUGGCAGUGCUCGCGCGACACCUGAAGUGAUUGGGUACCGUAACCAUGUAUCAGGAAACCGAAGGAGUCACCUCCAAGACCGAGAAGAACAAAUUUGAGUCUUCUAUCAGUGAGCUGAAGAAGAAGGCGUUUGUGUCUGCUGCUGACAUAGAGAGCUAUGGCGAGAGCGGUGUGACGGAGCAAUAUCAAAAAGCGUACCAUCGCUCCCUAGUGGAUCCCGAGGGAUUCUGGGCCGACGUGGCAAAAGAGAUCGAGUGGGCUAAGCCUUGGGACAAGGUACUGGAUCACUCCAAUCCUCCAUUUACAAAAUGGUGGGUAGGCGGCGAGUUUUCCGUCUGUCACAACGCAAUCGAUCGGCAUGUGGAGAAAGGCCAGGGCGACAGCGUGGCCCUGGUACACGACUCACCGCUCACGGACACAGUGAGGCGCAUCACGUACAGCGAGAUGAGGGACCAGGUAUCUCGCUUAGCCGGGAAACUGACGGAGCUACGAGUGACGCGAGGGUGCCGCGUCCUGAUCUACAUGCCGCUGAUCCCCGAGGCAGUCAUCGCCAUGCUGGCGACCAACCGCAUCGGGGGCAUCCACUCUGUGGUAUUCGGAGGAUUUGCGGCUAGAGAGCUGAGAACAAGAAUUGAGCACGCUGAACCCACUGUUAUUAUUGCUGCUAGUUGUGGAGUUGAACCAAAUAAAAUUGUUAGAUACAAAGAUAUCUUAGACGAGGCACUAUCUCAAAGCUCACACCAGCCCUUGAAGUGCAUUAUUUACCAGCGGCGAAGAGUUCUUGAGUGUUCUCUUGAGAAAGACAGAGACAUGUGCUGGAAAGAGGCACUUGAGAGCGAACCGGUGCCAUGCGUGCCUGUCGAGUCAAAUGAACCCUUAUACAUUCUGUAUACUUCUGGAACUACUGAUGCUCCGAAAGGUGUCCAACGCCCAUGUAGUCAUGCAGUUACGCUUUGUUGGUCCAUGAGCACAAUAUAUGGCUUAAAAAAAGGUGUUUGGUGGGCUGCCUCUGACCUUGGCUGGGUAGUGGGUCAUUCAUAUAUCUGUUACGGCCCCCUACUUGCCGGUCUGACCACUGUUUUGUACGAAGGCAAGCCGGAUCGGACACCCGAUCCAGGACAGUAUUUCAGGAUAAUAGAACAGCAUCGAGUAAAUGCGUUAUUCACAAUCCCCACCGCAAUUCGUGUAUUGAAGAGGGCCGAUCCCAACGCUAAAUACGCUAGGAGAUAUUGUAAUCAGUCUUUGAAAUCAGUAUUCAUUGCCGGAGAACAUUGCGACCAAGACACACGUCUAUGGGCAGAACGUAUUUUUUCAGUGCCCGUGCUAAACCACUGGUGGCAGACAGAAACAGGGUCAGCGAUUACUGCUGCCUGUCUCGGGUAUGGCAUUAAAUCAGUACCGCCACAUUCCGCUGGUUACCCUGUUCCAGGAUACGAGAUGCAUGUUCUAAGAGAAGACGGUUCAGAAUGUGAAACGGGCGAAGUCGGUAGAUUAGUCGCAAAGCUUCCUCUGCCUCCUGGGUUUGCCUCCACACUCUGGCAAGCAGAUGACAGAUUUAAGAAGACAUACUUCGAGUCGUAUCCAGAUUACUACGAUACUCAAGAUGCCGGUUGGAUAAGUGCAGAAGGAGCCGUUUGGGUUGUAGCCCGGGCAGAUGACAUCAUUAAUGUAGCUGGUCAUAGGCUAUCGACUGCAGCUAUUGAAGAUGUUGUGCUAAAGCACGCAAGGAUAGCAGAUGCUGUUGUCGUAGGUGCCCCUGAUGCUACCAAGGGCGAUGUACCUCUUUGUCUUUACGUAAUGAGACCACCCCAAGAUGAUGAAGAAAUUGUGGCUGAAAGUACAGUAACCCAGGAACUUAUCGCAUUAGUUCGCCAUCUGAUUGGGCCAAUAGCGGCGUUUAGGAAAGCAGUUGCAGUCCCUGCGCUACCACGGACUCGGUCUGGCAAAGCGCUCAGAGGAGCAAUUGCUAAAUUAGCUAGAUCACAAUUAGUGCGACUGCCAGCUACAAUUGAAGAUGCAAGUGUAUUUGCUGAAAUAAAAAUUGCACUGCAAAAGUUCGGAUAUGCCAUAGAUGCACCCGAUCCUGAAGUUUAAGAAAAUACCAACUAUCCUCAUUUCAAUCUUAAUGAUUGAAGUUUUUUUAGGAAACUUAGGAAAUCAAACAAAUAUGUGCUUUAAGUUUGUGUUUAAAUAUAAGAUGAGGUAUUUAUUUACGUAUUUUAAGUUGAUUUUUGUACCUACCUAUAUAUAUUUACACAAUUUUUUUUUGAAACGAUGAUGAAAAUAAUGGGGUUGGCCGGUCGAAAUAAUUAGCAGAUGGCGCCUGCAUAGCUUGCCCUGUCAAUUAUGGAUGGUAUAGAAAGGAUGCCAAUCUCUUAUGGCAGAAUUGUUGCAAAAGUGACCGCUUUCAGCUUUAAAUCUUUCCGGUGGCGCUAGUUAGGCUCUGGGACAUGAGUGUAACAUGAGCCAUAUAAGGCAACAAAUAACCCGACCAAAUUACGUAGGUUGUUUUUGGUGGUAUUUCGGUGUAUGGUGGCGCCGCCUAAUUACUGUUUUUUGAUGGACACUUUUCAUACAUAGAGAUUUGGCUCCUUUAUAGUCUCCAUGCUGUCAAUCCCUAGAAUUGUGUCAAAUAUUUGUUUUUUUAAUGCCCUGGGUGGCAGCCCUUAAGCCUUUUCUAUGCACCGGAUGGAGUACACGGGCCAAAAAGUGUGUCCACAUGAGAUGUCAAAGUGGGCGGUUGCAUCUCUUUCUAAUUAGGGUGACCAUAAGUCAUAUGUAUGUGGGAUAUUAGGAUAAGUUGGAAUGUAUAGUUUGGCCAAGAUCUUUUUUCAUUCAUGCAUAGGAAGUCAGAGAGAAUGGAUAUAGUUUUUUUCUCCUCUGUAAAACGCUUCACAAAACCUUACUUAAUUUAGUCGUUAUAAAAACUGUUACUGAUGACAGACAGACUGACAGACGGACAGCGGAGUCUUAGUUAUAGGGUCCCGUUUUUACCCUUUGGGUACGGAACCCUAAAAAUGGUCACUUUUUUCAUUUGUAGUCUGCCUCUUUCGCACUCAUGGUAUGUUCAUAUACGUAAUGGCUUCUCUUUUGCACACUUCAGCUAUUCUUUAAGCGUCAUCGUAGUUAAUUGCCCAAUUUUUUUUUUAUUUGCCGUCUUCGUGUACUGACGGAAAUGUGUGUUCAACUUAUAUAGAAUAUUAUGUAUAAAUGUGACUGUAAUAUUUAAAUUUUGGCAAUUAUAUAGCUCUCAUUACGUGCACAAAUAAAUCACUUAUCUAUCUAUCUAUCUAUCUAUCAACCAAAUAAUUAAACAUGCCAAAAUAAAGAUAUACUUAUUUAGGUAAACUUAUUUUUACAUUAAGUAAGUACGUAGGUAAUAAGAACUGUAAGGCCGAUUCACAUCGUGCCGACAUCAUAGUCACCCUAAUGAGUUUGACAAUGUUUUCUUGUAUUUUUAUCGUAAACUUUAAUAGUUGAGGCUUACCUGUGAAAAGAUAUACCACAAUCAACAAAACUUUCACUUCUGCAACCUUUCACACAACAUCUUUUACCCAUUUUAUACUUUAUUUCGCAAAUAAAUCUUGAGCGCCGCCAUUCAUGUAUUUUGAAAAUUUCUUUGUCAAGUUGGGGAUACCAAUUAAUAUUCAAAGUUACUACAAUGUCUACCAUAUUAAAGAUAUGUAUUUUUUGUUGUGCACAUGCUUGGUUAAAUAAGUUAAUAAUAUUGACAUUAUAACUAUUUACAAAUUACGUAAAAGAUAUCAGAACCGCACUCUGAAUAUAGCACUUAAAUAAUAUAAGAAGGUAUUUAAUUUUAGUAGUUAUUGAUAUAAAUACUACCAAAAUGGUAUUUUUUUAACAUUGGCAACAUGUGCGAGUGGGACACCGCGACCCACUUUUGCUAUCUCAUGUGGACCGUUUUCUCUAGUCUGGUACGAACACCUUUCUGGCUCGGUGAUAAGGUUCAAUUUAGUAUGGCAAAAAAAGUGACAGCUCGCUCCUGUUUAGGGUAUAACUUCAUGUUUCUAUGAGAUUUAGAAAAAGGGGCGAGCUAGAUGGCGCCAUCGCCAUCUCUGCAAACCUUUGACAGUUGCCAACCCCAUUCUGAAGGCACAAGUUGAGUCGAUGCAAUUUCAAAACGCAUCGUCAGAAAUGUCAACAUUGUCAACUUCAAACAUUUUACUUUAAAUAUUUCUCACCGUCUCCGACUCACGUUAUUUUUACGUACGAAGGUUCUUUUACGAUAUUAUGUGAAGUGAUUCCAGUGAUGAACAUGAUCUAACUAACGCCUGUGGAUGUUGCACUCCUCGCUAUAGUGAGGUGAAAAGUUUUGUGUUACACACGGGUGCGGUGCAAAUGUUUUACUUCUCGUGUGUUGAAACAUUCGCUGGUAAAAUAUAACUUUGCACCCUUGUAUAACAAAUAACUAUUAAGACGCUGUACGGUUAAAAGUCGCAUAUUGCACACGAUUUUUAAUCAAUUUUAUGCAUGAGAAUACUCAAAGAGAAUAUAAUCACUACGUUUUAAGAAUACUUACGAACUGUUUCAUUUCAUUUCAUUUUUCAUUUCAAACACACGAAACGACACACGAGCACAAAUACACGACCAAACGUUUAAGGGCCCUCCACACUCAU